CCGGCUGAUGCAGAGCUUCAAGGAGUCGCACUCGCACGAGUCGCUGCUGAGCCCCUCGAGCGCGGCCGAGGCGCUGGAGCUGAACCUGGACGAGGAUUCCAUCAUCAAGGCCGUGCACAGCAGCAUCCUGGGCCAGGAGUUCUGCUUCGAGGUGACGACGGCGUCGGGCACCAAGUGCUUCGCCUGUCGCUCGGCGGCCGAGAGGGACAAAUGGAUCGAGAACCUGCAGAGAGCCGUGAAACCCAACAAGGUGGGAGCGGCCACUGGGAAUGGCUACUGGGAACUGGGAAUGGCUACUGGGAACGGGGAGCGGCUACUGGGAACAGCUACUGGGA